UUUCCCAUCGUGUGGCCGAGCGCUGGUGCCAGACUUGAGGGUGAGGGCUCCACUUUGUUAGCCAUGUGUUUAUGAAACCCCCGCGGCUCGAUCUUUUUUGGCUGAUAAUCUCAAACAUGGAGGAUGCUUCUGAUUCUUCACAAGGGGUUGCUCCAUUAAUUAAUAAUGUAGCUCUCCCAGGCACUCCGCCGUCUCUUCCUGUAUCAGUGACAGGCUGUAAAAGUCAUCGAGCAGCCAAUAAAAAGGUAGAAGCGAGCAACGAAAGGCUCCUCCCAACCGCUCUUCCUCCUUCGGAGCCGAAAGUAGAUCAGAAACUUCCCAGGAGCUCCGAGAGGCGGGGAAGUGGCGGUGCGACGCGAUUCCCCCCCCGCCGCGCCGGAGACAGGCAGUGGCAGCGGGGAGAGGCGGCAGACGCGGGGGCGGCGGGGCGGCCGGCCGAGAAGUGACCCCCGGGGGGCCACGGAGCCUCCCUCCCUCCGGUAGUCGCGAAGGUAGAGAAGCGGCAGCCGGCGUGCUCGCAGGGAAGCCGGGCCGCGACGCGGGCGGCCGAGGGUCGGGGCGAGCCCCGCGGGCGGACGGGAGAUGCCGCUGCUACACCGAAAGCCGUUUGUGAGACAGAAGCCGCCCGCGGACCUGCGGCCCGACGAGGAAGUUUUCUACUGUAAAGUCACCAACGAGAUCUUCCGCCACUACGAUGACUUCUUCGAACGAACCAUCCUGUGCAACAGUCUUGUGUGGAGUUGUGCUGUGACGGGUAGACCUGGACUGACAUACCAGGAAGCACUUGAGUCAGAAAAAAAAGCAAGGCAGAAUCUUCAGAGUUUUCCAGAACCACUAAUUAUCCCAGUGUUAUGCUUGGCCAGCUUUACCUGUCGUUCACGCUUACAAGAAGUCUGCGAUGACAUUUUUGCGUAUAUCAAGGAUCGGUAUUUUGUUGAAGAAACUGUGGAAGUCAUUAGGAGCAAUGGUGCAAGGUUACAGUGUAGAAUUGUGGAAGUCCUCCCUCCGUCACAUCAGAAUGGUUUUGCCAAUGGCCAUGUUGCCGUUGUGGAUGGAGAUACCAUUGUCAUCAGCGAUAGUGAUGAUUCCGAAUCACAAAGCUGUUCUUUUCAAAACAGGAAAAAAAAAGGUGCAAUUGAUCCUUUAUUAUUGAAGUAUAAGGUGCAACCCACUAAAAAGGAAUUAUACGAAUCUACUAUUGUUAAGGCAGCGCAAAUCAGCCGGAGGAAACACCUAUUUUCUCGUGAUAAACUAAAGCUUUUUCUGAAGCAACACUGUGAAUCACAAGAUGGAAUCAUUAAAGUUAAGGUAUCGUCUGUUUUGACAUAUAAAAUUACAGAACGAGAUCUUUCUUACUUAUUUCCUGAUGAUCUGUCCACGUUUAUCUUCAGUCCAGCCAAUAGGAGAAGAGGAAGGCCUCCCAAAAGAUUGUCUGUUAGUCAAGAUGACUGUGUUAAUCAGCAGAAUAUUGUAGGUUUUAGAAACAAAGCGAUUAAGGAAAGAGACAAACUUUUGAGACAAGAAGAAAUGAAGUCACUGGCUUUUGAAAGGGCCAAAUUAAAAAGGGAAAGAGCUGAUGCCCUACAAGCCAAGAAAAAAGAAAAGGAAGAUAAAGAGAAAAAGAGAGAAGAAUUGAAGAAAAUUGUUGAAGAAGAGAGACUAAAGAAAAAAGAAGAAAAAGAGAGGCUUAAAAUAGAAAGAGAAAAGGAAAGAGAGAAAUUACGUGAAGAAAAGCGAAAAUAUAUGGAAUACUUGAAACAGUGGAGUAAACCUAGGGAAGACAUGGAAUGUGAUGAUCUUAAGGAACUUCCAGAACCAACUCCAGUGAAAACUAGACUACCUCCUGAAAUUUUUGGUGAUGCUCUGAUGGUUUUGGAGUUCCUUAAUGCGUUUGGAGAACUUUUUGAUCUUCAGGAUGAAUUUCCUGAGGGAGUAACCCUAGAAGUGUUAGAGGAAGCUCUUGUAGGAAAUGACAGUGAAGGCCCACUAUGUGAAUUGCUUUUUUUCUUCCUGACUGCAAUCUUCCAGGCAAUAGCUGAAGAAGAAGAGGAAGUAGCCAAAGAGCAAAUAGCUGAUGCUGACACCAAAGGUUGCAGUUUGAAAAGCUUGGAUCUUGACAGCUGCACUCUCUCUGAGAUCCUCAGACUGCACAUUCUAGCUUCAGGUGCUGAUGUCACAUCAGCAAAUGCCAAGUACAGAUACCAGAAACGAGGAGGGUUUGACGCUACAGACGAUGCUUGCAUGGAGCUCCGCUUGAGCAAUCCCAGUCUGCUGAAGAAGCUGUCAAGUACUUCCGUGUAUGAUUUGACUCCAGGAGAAAAAAUGAAGAUACUCCAUGCUCUCUGUGGGAAGCUACUGACCCUAGUUUCUACUAGGGAUUUUAUUGAAGAUUAUGUUGAUGUAUUACGACAGGCAAAGCAGGAGUUCCGGGAGCUAAAAGCGGAACAGCAUCGAAAAGAGAGGGAAGAAGCAGCUGCUAGAAUCCGUAAAAAGAAAGAAGAAAAGCUUAAGGAACAAGAACAAAAAAUGAAAGAGAAGCAAGAAAAGCUGAAAGAAGAUGAGCAAAGAAAUUCGACUGCAGAUGUAUCCGUAGGGGAGGAAGAAAGGGAAGAUUUUGAUACUAGCACUGAGAGCAAAGAAACUGAGCAAAAGGAACUGGACCAAGAUACAGUCACUGAAGAUGAAGAUGACCCUGGAGCACUUAAAAGGGGAAGAAGAGGGAAAAGAUAUCCAACUGGAUUUAAAGACCUUCGAAGGCAAGAAGAGAUCAAUUGUGGAACAAGAGAGCCCCUUAAUAUUGAUGAGGAAGAAGCUUUAAAGCAAGAACACCAACGAAAAGAGAAGGAGCUCUUAGAAAAAAUCCAAAGUGCCAUAGCAUGUACCAAUAUCUUCCCCUUGGGCCGUGACCGUAUGUACCGGCGGUACUGGAUUUUCCCUUCCAUUCCUGGAUUGUUUAUUGAGGAGGAUUACUCUGGUCUUACUGAAGACAUGCUGCUGCCUAGACCUUCAUCAUUUCAGAAUAACAUGCAGGCUCAAGAUCCUCAGGUGUCCAUCAAAACCGAAGAAUCCUUGAUGUCUGAGCCUACCUCCAGCAUGGACCAAGGUCUGCGUGAUGACUCUGCGCAGCUGCCUAAACCUGUGCACAAGCCAAACCGGUGGUGCUUUUACAGUUCAUGUGAACAACUGGACCAGCUUAUUGAAGCCCUUAAUUCCAGAGGAUACAGAGAAAGUGCCUUAAAAGAAACGUUGUUGCAAGAAAAAAGCAGAAUAUGUGCACAGCUAGCUCGUUUUUCUGAAGAGAAAUUUCAUUUUUCAGAAAAGCCUCAAACUGAUAGCAAGCCUGUAUAUACUAGAGGCAAAUCUUCCAGUGCGUGUGAUUCAUCUCAGAUGUCUGCAGAAAAGCAACUUGAACUGAGACUGAGAGAUUUUCUUUUGGAUAUUGAAGACAGGAUCUACCAGGGAACAUUAGGAGCAAUCAAGGUUGCAGAUCGACACAUCUGGAGGUCAGCCUUAGAAAGCGGGCGGUAUGAGCUGUUGAGUGAGGAAAACAAGGAAAAUGGGAUCAUUAAAGCUGUGAAUGAAAGUGUAGAAGAAAUGGAAAUUGAUGAACAAGCAAAGGUCAUAGUAAAAGACAGACUUUUGGGUAUAAAAACAGAAACUCCAAGUACUGCCUCAACUACCACAAGUACGCCACAGCCGGUGAGCAGGGUGGUUCAUCAUCUGGCAGGGGCGCUCUUUCAGAUAGAGCAGGGCAUUGAGCGGCGUUUUCUCAAAGCUCCACUAGAUGCCAGUGACAGUGGACGUUCUCAUAAAACCGUUCUUGACCGUUGGAGAGAGUCUCUCCUUUCCUCUGCCAGCCUCUCCCAAGUCUUCCUGCACCUGUCCACCUUGGAUCGCAGUGUGAUAUGGUCAAAGUCAAUACUGAAUGCUCGUUGUAAGAUAUGCCGGAAGAAAGGGGAUGCUGAGAACAUGGUGCUUUGCGAUGGCUGUGACCGGGGUCAUCACACCUACUGCGUUCGACCAAAGCUCAAGACCGUGCCUGAAGGAGAUUGGUUUUGUCCAGAAUGUCGACCAAAGCAGCGUUCUAGAAGACUCUCCUCUAGACAGAGACCAUCCUUGGAAAGUGAUGAAGAAAUGGAAGACAGUCUGGAAGGUGAGGAUGAUGACGUUGAUGAUGAUGAUGAAGAGGGUCAAAGUGAGGAGGAAGAAUAUGAGGUAGAAGAAGCUGAAGAUGACUCUCAAGAAGAGGAAGCAGUCAGCCCACCAAAACGAGGACGACCACAAGUGAGAUUGCCAGUUAAAACAAGAGGGAGGUUUAACUCUUCUUUCUCAAGUCGUGGCCAACGACAAGAUCCAGGAAGAUACCCUUCAAGGAGCCUGCAAAGCACACCCAAAGCAGCUGUUUAUUCCAGAACUCCUGGUAGAAACCUAAGGAAGAUAAAAUCUGCUCCUCCCACGGAAACAAAAUCUUUAAGAAUUGCCAGUCGUUCUACUCGCAAUAGUCCUGGGCUGCUGCAGACAGACGUUUUUGUGGAACUGCUGAGCCCUCGAAGAAAACGCCGAGACAGGACAAGUGCUAAUAAUUCAGGAAAUAGUCCCGACAUCCCUAACUUAAGAGUCAUUGCCACAAAAUCAAGUGGGCAGUCAAGAACUUUUGAUUCUGCUUCAAAGCUCUCUCUCCAAGACAGUGAAUCCAAGAGACGGGGCAGGAAAAGACAGUCUACAGAGUCAUCUCCUGUGACACUGAGCCGAAGGAGUUCUGGCAGACAGGGAGGAGUUCAUGAACUGUCUGCUUUUGAACAGCUUGUUGUGGAAUUGGUACGGCAUGAUGACAGUUGGCCAUUUCUGAAACUUGUUUCUAAAAUCCAGGUCCCAGAUUACUAUGACAUCAUUAAAAAGCCCAUUGCCUUAAAUAUAAUUCGUGAAAAAGUGAAUAAAUGUGAAUAUAAGCUAGCGUCUGAGUUUAUUGAUGACAUUGAGUUAAUGUUUUCCAACUGCUUUGAGUACAACCCUCGUAACACAAGUGAGGCCAAAGCUGGAAGUAGGCUUCAAGCAUUUUUCCACAUUCAGGCACAAAAGCUUGGACUCCAUGUCACGCCCAAUAACGUGGACCAAGUUAGCACACCUCCUGCUGCCAAAAAGUCACGAAUCUAAUUCUAUCCUUCUAAAGGAUAUAUUGAGGAAAAAGAAAUUGUUCAUGAAAAAGGAACAUUAAAUCAUGCUCUAAAGCAGACGUAUCUAUAAAGCAAUAACAACAGAUUGACCACAUUGAAGUGUGGCCUGCACUAUAUUCUCAAUUUUAUAUUAAGCACUCAGGAGAAUGUAGGAAAGAUUUCUUUGCUACAGUUUUGUUCAGUAUCUAAUAAGUUUGAUAGCUGUAUUGGAUACAGUACUGGUUUACAGAGGGAUUUGUACAUUUUGAGAUCAUUCAUGUGUCCAUUUUUUUAACCUGUGAUUUAUUUUGUCAUUUGAUUUUUUUUAGAAUUCAUGGUGUUAAGGGAGAUAUAUUUGAACAGAUAAAUCUCCUGUGGCAUGAUAUAGAAAAAUGGAUUUAGGUCUUAAGAAUUGUUGGGUGAGCGCUUUCUUUCAACACUACACAUGAAUGGAUCCAAUGUUAUAUCUUUGAAGUGCUGUACCAGUACUGGCUGGAGGUAUUAAGUCUGAGUUUAUUAACUAGAUAUUUAUUUAGCAGUCAAGAUAAUUUGUGAAUUUGUUUUGUAUUUAUAAAAUUUAUACCUGGAAACUGUUCUUUAAUUUUUUAAACAUUUUGCUGUGGUUUUGUUUUAUUUUUCUGACUUCCUUAAUGAUCAAUCAAAACAGGUAACACCCUCCCCUGUCCCUGACAGUUCUUUUGGUUUUACAGAGCUGUUCCAAGUUGCUUUGUGCAACUUUUCAAGUGUACAAAUAAAAUGAUACUUUUUUCAAGUA